AUGGCGCACGUUCAAUCCCAUCAGUCGGGCUCAUCCUUCGGGUCGUCGCCAUCGCUAGAUGCGCAAGGUGACCCUAACAAACACAAACCGUCAAUCUUCGGUUUUGUCAAAAAGACAUGGCAGAAAACGGGCUUGGACAGACCAACCAUUCUCUUGAUGAUGAAAGGCGGCAUCCCACCCACAAUAGCUGUUUCUAUCUACCAAUCCAAGCCUGUUGCCAACGAGUACACAACAUUGGGUUAUCUCGUGGCUAUCGUCUCUAUUCUGGGCUUUGCGAUCAUGCCCCGCGCAAAGUUCAUCCAGAUGAUGAUCUUUGACAUUUUGGCCGUCUGCAUAGCAGCUUGUUUGGCUCUGUUGACAAUGUUCUGCAGUGUCAGGGCGCGUCAACACACCACUAAUAACCCCACUGAUGCAUACAAUUCGUCUGCGUCUGCUGUCAGUGGUUUGUGGCUAUUCAUCCAAAUCUGGAUGGUUCAUACCUUCCGCGCCAAGUACCCGCAGUUGCAAUUCCCCGUUAUUAUUUACGCAAUCUUCGCGAACAUUUCUUCGAUAUACGCACCGCAAAUGAAGAACAUGACAGCUGCAUUUGCGAUGGUGGGCCGAUUGCUUAAAUCAUGCCUUACUGGCCUCGCCAUUUCAACAGCAACGUCACUAUUCAUCCUGCCGAUGACGUCACGGCAGGUCGUCUUCAAACAAAUGGCAGGUUACAUUGGCGGGCUUCGCUCAGCUUUGAAUGCCCAUGCUCUAUACUUCCAAUCAUUGGAAAGAGAUGACAUGUUUGGUCGCACGGAGACAUAUGAUGACGCCCGUGAGAAGUUUGGCAAGAAGGGAAAGAUCUACAGUCCCGAGGCAGAAGCCAUCCGCGGUGCGGUGCGGCAGAUCACAGAUAUCCACGCCAAACUCCAUGGUGAUCUCACGUUUGCGAAGCGUGAGGUCGCAUUAGGAAAAUUGGGACCUGAUGAUCUUCAAGCCAUCUUCCGUCAUCUUCGCCAGAUUAUGAUCCCGGUCGUGGGGUUGAGCUUCGUGGUGGAUAUAUUUCAGCGACUGUCAGAUUAUAACAGAUGGAACCAGCCCAUUGAUUUAAAUGAGCCUGUGGUCCCAGAAGAUAUCCGACAACGCGUUGUGCACGAGUGGAAUGAUAUCAUGAGGGCGGUGCAUGAUCCCUUCGCGGUGAUGAUCCAAACUAUUGAUGAGGGAUUGGUACAUAUCUCCUAUAUUUUCGGGCUAACAAAGCCACCCAAACGCAAAAGUGCAGCUAAAUCUUCAAAUGAAAAUUCGAUGGAGGGAGGCGAAGAUGUCGAGGCCAGAGCGGAGAGCACUGCGCCUGGAGAAAAAGCAUUUACCCAGCAUUUUGAAAAGAAACUUGGCGAAUUUCGAAGCGCAAAACGCCUUGCUUUACAAACAUGGGCUGAGGAGAAGGAGCGAAGCCGACGACAACUGUAUCUGUUUCUCUACAUGGACCAAUUGCUAUACUCAACCGGUCAGACCGUGCUCGACUUUGUCCGCUAUGCCAAUCAUGUGGAGGCGAAAGGCAAGCUAUCGAAGACUCGACUCGUCAUUCCUGGUGGUAAGCGAGUUUGGAAGUGGGCCAAGUCCUUUUUGAGUGCUCAGGAUCAUGAAGAUGAUAAUAUGGGUGACAUCCAUACACAAAACAACAUACUUCAGCUUGGCGAGGCAUACAAGCUGCGCAAAGACCCCGAGCACCUACCACCGACAACUAUUUUUGAGAAAAUUGGAGACAGAAUUCGGGUCAUCCCGGGAUUUCUGCGCUCGUUCGAGUCAACCUAUGGCUUCCGUGUCGCCUGUGCCACCAUGACUAUUGCAGUAAUUGGGUUCUUACGCGAUACGCAGACCUUCUUCACUGCGCAAAGAUUAGUAUGGGCCUUAAUCAUGGUCAAUCUCAGCAUGUCACCCACCUCAGGACAGAGCAUUUUCAGUUUCGUGUUGCGGAUUUUGGGUACAUUCCUCGCAAUGGUAGCAAGUCUUCUGAUAUGGUAUAUUCCAGGAAAACAUACACCGGGUAUUAUCGUUUUCCUGUUUAUAUUUGUAUCUAUGGCCUUCUAUAUCCCCAUCAAGAUGUUCCGCUUCCGAGCUGUUGGGAUCAUCAGCAUCAUCACUACAAGCAUGAUCAUUGGAUAUGAGCUCCAAGUUCGCCGAGUCGGUGAGGCAGUCGCGACAUCCAAUGGGCAGCCCUUCUACCCCAUUUACCUCCUGGCACCUUAUCGCCUGGCCGUUGUGGCGGGCGGUAUUGCUGUCGCAUUUAUUUGGACAUUCUUCCCAUAUCCAAUCUCUGAGCAUUCAGUCCUCCGUCAAAGUCUUGGAGCAUCUUUGUAUCUUCUGGCAAACUACUACUCGAUCAUCCACGAGACGAUCUCCGGCCGCAUGCGUGGUGAUGAGGGCGAAUACCUACUCAAGACCUCUUCCGGUCGCAAACUUGAGAAAGCGCGCCACAAAGUGUUUUCAAAGCAGAUGCUUAUGCUAGCCGGUUUACGGACAUACUCUGGGUUCCUUCGCUGGGAGGUUCCGAUUGGAGGUCGAUUUCCCAAGAAGCAGUAUGAUUCGAUUAUUCUCUGUGUCGAAAACAUCGUGAACUACCUCAGCUUGCUGGGCUACGCGUCUGAUACACUUAUGUAUGAGGAUCCUGCAGAUACAGCCUGGAUGACCGACUUCCGACGGCUGAUCAAUACUGCCAAAGUGACAACCCACGAGGUCACAUCUUUGCUCUGCCUUCUCUCUGCUAGCAUUACGAACCGACAACCUUUGCCGCCGUAUCUCAAAGCACCCCGUCCGUACGGCUUCACGAAGCGCCUUAUGGAACUCGACAGUGACCUUCUUAGCCUCCGACACAUUGCCGAGCCGGGAUUCGCGGCAUUUGCAGUUCUGCAGAUCUCGACCCGCUGCAUUGUCGGUGAUAUGGACAGAUUACUUCGGCUUGUCAAAGAUUUAGUCGGCGAAUUAGACUUCUCUUUCCAUGCUGUAAGCACGGGAGAGUCAAUGGCCGAGUCGCGAAUGCCCUCUCGGGCAGGAUCAAGGGUGGAUCUGAGCGAGUAUGCACCAUCCCAACGUGGUGAUCGGCACAAGAACGAUUGA